GGCCGAGGCUUGUCCUGGAAUGAUGAGUGAUGAAGAAGAUAUAUCCAGUGAGGUAGAUUCGCUGAGAGAUUUAUGCGGACUGCAAACCAGGGAUGAGAAUUCACGACAUCAAUUUCUUGAGUCGUUAGCAAGAACGGUCAAAGCGUGGACAAACAGGCAACGAGAAAAUGUGGAAAAUGGUUUCGAAAACUCUAUUUCGGACAUUUUACCUUGCAUUUUACGUCUUUCAUUAAGGUGUCCUUUCUCAGAUAUCAGGCAAAGUUGUUCAGAUUUGCUUAAUGCCAUAAAGGUAAGAAAUGUCGACAACGUAACCCCUUUUAACAGUGUAGCUUGUGUUUAGAGAAAUAGCUCAUAGUAGACUUGUUUUUUCUUUUCUUAGGGAAAAGGGAUAAAGAUUCCAAGACCAGUUUUCAAGGGAGCAUCAAGUUUUAUUCCAUCCAAAGAGGUAUUUCGUUGUCUUUAGGUUUGCCAUACUAUUCAGUCAGUGUAAGCAAAACUUUUUGGUUAGAGGUUUAGGAGCACACAAACAACAUCAUCGCGUUAAACCUGGCCUGAACAGAUGUACAAAAAAUUUAGCUUACAUUGCUUGAAAUAUCACAUCUAUUCUAUGCCUUUACUGUUGUUUAUAAGUUAAUUUUGUUAACAGACCGUUCUCUUGCAGACUGCAAUAACAGUUAAGAUCAAACACGAAGUACACAUCUUUAUAAUGUCGUCGAAACUUCAUAUAGCUCGUAGCUCGCUAUUAUUUAUAUGAUCAGUGGUUUAAACUGGUCAACCUAUUGGAAAGCUGGAAAAUUGCCACACAGGGCGAAACUGGAUUAAUAACAGUUUCUUUUUAUUGUACCAAGUCGUACUCUAUUUGUAACUAAAUCCUUUGUGAGAUUUUACAUGCUGGAAUCUAUAAAGCAUGCUUUGUCUUGCGUGAAACGCGAGUUUGUUUUUACAAUAAUAUGUACCCCACAAUACUAAAAAUUUGUUAUAACUGAAACCUUAUCUGUCCAAAUUAAAAGAAAAUUGGAAUUGUGAAAGCUGUAACUUUCUUGUUGUUGUCACAACCAAUUAAAAUUAUCACAUGCAAAUGGCCCUGUUUUAAUUACUGUGGAAAUAUCUGAUUUAUUGAAGUUAAUUUAUAAUUAAAAUUCAUUUUGCAAAACAGGGUUUGCAAAAUUCCUGACUUUGGGAAAACUAAGUUUGUCGUUUUGAUGCCUGAUUCGUUUGGAAGGUUACCUAUAAUUUGAUUGAUUUCAAUAGAUAUGGAGGAUGUGUGAAAAUUAAUACAGUUUUCCACUAGAAGAGCAAGUGGUGUUAAAACUGCAUGUAGUCGCAUGGUGAUGAUAAAAAAAUUGAUAAUAAACUGAACUUCAAUUUUGAUUCGGGCAAGAUGGGAAAUUUUAAGGUGGAAAUGCUUGCUUUAAGAAGAAUGGAAACUUGAUGAGGUUGUAGAUACCAUUUUGAAGAGCGAGCGAGAUGAUGCAAUAAUGUAUUAUGUGACAACAUACCCUUGGGACUUAGAGCAGUGACCCUUAAGAUGCCCCUGUUAAAUUCCCUCAAGUGCUGUUUGCAUUCCUCCUACUGUUCAUUAAUUGUGGCCCAGACUGUUACAUUUUAUAAGUGGUACAACUGUGAAACAAACUUUAUGUUAAUAUUGUGGAUUUUACCAUUAUACCAUAAUCCUAGAGCUGAAAACACUUUUACAAUCAUGUUUUUAUUAGUUUACAAACUAGCUCCCUGAAAGUGGGAUUUGUUUGACCUGCCUGUUCUGAUGUGAGUUGAAGUGUAAGGUCACCUUGGAAUGAUGAUAGUUGAUGAAUGAAUAUUAAACUUUUGCUUGUGUUUGGACAAAAACUGUUCUCAGCAGUAAUUAACGUAUCAGGUUCUACCACAAGGUAGUUAAUAAUUAAAAGAUGCUAGGAAGUCAGUUCCAAGGGAGAGCAUAUGAUCACCUCAGAAGUGCUACAGUGGGUUCAGUGUCCAACCUCAAGGUUAAUUGUAUUUUUCUGUGAUUUAAGAUUUAAUGGUCUGAUCAAACAGUGACAGCUGAUAAUGGGUUUUUGGUCAGCUGUUAUCAAGUAAAUUAACACUGGGACAUAUCUGUUGUUGUAUUAGAUUUCCAACUGAAAGUCAACACUCGUUUUAGGCUAGAUUAUAAAGUACCCAUGCACUAUUGUCAUAUCUUUGAAAAAGAACAAAUCUAUGUCUUUGUGUUCUCCAUUUCAUAGUGCAUAGACAAAAUAAAAAAACUAAUGUGAUGAUAAGUCACCGUAUUCUCAUAUUGCUCCCAUUUUUAAUUGUGCUCAUGAACAGGCUAAAAACAAUAAAAAAGGAAGCCAACUUGAAGUGAUCUUCAUGGCAUGAAAAAUUGUGCCUAAUACAGCUGCCAAAUAAUGCCUAAAUUUUCCCAAUUGGCUGCCACUGGAUAGAUAUUAAGCCAGUGGUUAGCAUUUACCAAAUAUUAACUCUUUAAAUUGUUAAGUAGCAAUUUAUUUCAUCUUGUGUAAUCAUUUCCUUAACUCUCGUAACCACUCUCUUUUAUUGGCAUUGAUAUAAAAAGGAGAAUUUUGAUGUUGAUCACUCUUGGGGCUUAUUAAAGGGUUAAACAACUGGGGCCAUUGUCUGUGGACUUUGUUUUAUACUGAAUACAUUUGAAUUUAAUGCUUCAGGUAGUUGCUAUGGACACAGAUGAUGAACAAGUUCUUAGCUUGCUUGUGGAGUCUUUCCUUCUCAGUGGUCGGGUCACGAAUGUCACAUGCCUCAUUGCAUUUCACCCUCAGUAUCUUGAGUGCUUCCUGAGAACUGAGUAUUUCAUGUUUAAAGGAGAAGGUCCUUUACCAUUUGAUUGGAGAUGUUACAUUGCUAUUAUGGUGAGAGAAUGUUUAAGUUUUCCAUUCAUAUUCCUUUAUAAAAUCGAACAUCAUGGUAUUUAAGUGAUUUGUAAACAUACCUUUGUUUAGUAGUUAGCUCUAAUAUGUUAAUUUCAGUUUGUAAGCUGCCCAGAUUCAAAAAUACGGUAAAAUUCUGAAAAUAAGCCCUGGGGCUUAUAUUUUUCAAGGGCCCUUUUUGAGGGGCUUAUGUUUGGAGGGGCUUAUAUUCGGAGGGGCUUAUCUACGGAGGGAAAUUUGCAUUUCAAAAUUGAUUAGGCUAGCUUUUAGUGGGAAGGAAAUUUACCAUUUUGCUUUGUUUUACUUUGUAUUCGAGGUCAAAUUCCAAGUACAAGCCCCUCGGGGGGCUUAUAUUCGUAGUGGGGGGAUUUAACGGAGGGUUUUUUGUGUUACAGUUUUGGGGGGGCUUAUACAUGGAGGGGCUUAUUUUUGGAAUUGUACGUUACGUAAUAUAGUUGUUGUUGUUUGUUAUUUGUUGUUUACCUCCAGUAAGUAACCACCCAAAAUGUGAAGAUUUGGUGGUGGCUUAAGUGAGGUGAUCUCUUAAGAGAAUCAAACCACAGGGGUCUUAUCCAAGCAGGGGUCCUGAUGAAUCUACCUUUUGUAAGAGAAUUUAUUGCACGUAAUUUUUUGACUAAGGAUAUUUGUAGUUCCAUUUGUUCUUCUUUUUCUUUGAGUAGCAUAGUACAGGGUUCGCAUGCACCUUGAAAAUUGAAAGUCCCAGAAAAUUGCAGUCAGUGCUGGAAAGUCCUUGAAUUUCAAUGCUAACUUUAUAGUUUAAGUCAAACUCUAAAGAAAAAGGAGUAACCACAGAAAGACCUUUGGGAUAAAAUUACUCAUGUUGUGGAAAAACUAAAAAAGACAUAGACUCAAGGCUCUAUUUUGCACUGAAUGGAGUCCUUGAAAAAUGGGAAAUGUGUCCUUUAAAAGUCCCUGAAUUUUUGUUCAAAAAAGGGUACGAACCCUGAUAGUAUAUACAUGGGCGUUUAUGAGAGGUUCCAAAUACAUGUAUAAGGCUUUGACUAAAAAGUGUGUGGUAUUUUUGAUUGGUGAUCACUUGUGGGAGGAGGCUGUUUACAAGAGCUGGUUCCACCAGAGGUAAAAAAUACCUUAAAUACAAUAGUUUCAAUGAUGACUUGCUGUCAUCUUGAUCUUAACAAGUACCUCAAAAAGUAGUUAGGUCCUUGUUCAAACCUUACUACUAGUUUCUCUGUUAUGUAUUAAACUUUUAAUUUAUGUAAUAACAGAAUCAAACGGUUUCAGUCUGAAAUAGGAAAACAAAAUUUUUGUUAUCUCAAUUUUCUAAUUGUAAUUUCUCUCUCUUUUUUUUAGGCUGCAAGCAGACAUCGCUGCUGCUAUUUGGUAACAUAAUUUUGUUUUAAAUUAUUAUUCAAAAAACUCUUCUAAAUCUGAAGGAAGCUGGAUCUGAAAUGUUCUCUGCAAUAAUGUUUCUUGGCAUUGUUACUGGGGAGAUGCCGGUCAGCUAUUAGCCCAAUUUUUCCCUUCCCUAGUAACAGUCUCAAAAGUCUUUGCGAAAGUUAACUCAGCCCAGUUCUCGACGCCUUUCUAAAGUGGCGAAUGCUGUCUCUCAUAAGGCUGGUUUUCACUAGUGAUGGAGUCGGAGUCAUAAGAGUGCUUAUGACUUGGUGAAAAUCAAGAAUUGGAGUCGUAAGUGGAGUCAUAAUUACUAUGGAAUUGGAGUCAGAAUAAUCUGAACGUGUCCAUUUUCUUCUGACUCCAUUUAUGACUCGGUCUCUUACAGUCUAGUGAAAACCAGAUUGUCUGAGUUGGAAAUCACAUCACACAUUUCCACACUUUGUGAUUGGUUUAGUUCCUCUGCUUCUGCAUGCAACUCUGACAACCUAGUUUUCACUUGAUCAUAAAUGAUGGCGUGGUAAGUGGAAUCAGAGUGCUGUUUUCACUAGAUUGUAAAGUUUUACGACUCCGUGGCUAGUGAAAACCGGCCUAUAGGGGAAUUCUUAUGUUUGUUUAUAGGUGCAGUUAUAUGAGGUGGAGUUUCUUAAACAGCAGGGUAAGAAAGCAUGGCUUCAAGGUCUUGACCAUAUCCCGGCUAAACUAAGAGCGCUUUCUGAAAUCAACAAAAUCUUGGCACAUCAGCCUUGGUUACUCUGCCCAAGUCACAUUGAGGUAUGACAUCAUCACUCAAAUGCCUUAUGCUUGCUACAUUGUUAGAACAUACUUUUAUGCAACAUCUACAGUGUACAGACACAAUGUGAUAUUCAUUUGCAGUUAACAGUUCUGUUUCUAUUGGGAAACUUAAGCUUUUUAGACAGUUUCUUUUACUUAGCCUUGUUUCAUGACCAAGCCUUAAAUUUCUUUCUCUCCACCGCCAUUUUAUGUUAGUGUAUAAACUAAAAUUAUUAUUAUUUUAAUAUUAACUUAAUAUAGUAAAUUUUGUUGUAGUUCAAAAUGAAAUUCAUUUGUUGAUAAAAAUGUUUUCAAUCUAGUUUACUCUUAACUAUUAGUGAUUGUGAAUAACAUCAUCAGUUAUGAAAUUUUAUAUUAGUGGUAGGAGACGAACUAAGGAAUUUGAUGAUGAUAUUCACAAUGGUGAAUGAUUAGCUUUAGGCAACAAAGGAAAGACAGUGAGAAUCAAACUAGGGUAAAACCGUCGUGACUUGAAUUUAAUUUUGAAAUGGUUAUUUCAUGAACCAUUUUUUUUUAUUUCGUAGAAACUCCUGAAAGGACAGGACAAUUGGUCAUUAUCUGAACUCAUCCAAGCUAUUGUAAUCCUCACCCACAUUCAUUCAAUGUGCAGUUUUGUGUACGGUUGUGGUAUCACGCCGGAAAUUGAUCGUAAUGGAGGGCACACCUUUAAGCCCCCUUCACUGUCUGAUUCCAACCAAACAAGUCUUGAUGGUGAUAAUCUCCCUGUAAAUGGAAUACACAGCAGUUCCUGCAUGACAGAAUUGGUGGAAAAAAUGAAAGAAGUUGAAGCGGAACAUAACAAUACAAUUAUGCAGACCACACAAGAGGAGCUAUUUCAACAUUUUGAAAAAGUGGAAAGUGGUGAAGGUAACUAGACAGUCUAUUAAUAGGGCUCAGACCGAAAAUUGCGAGAGUCUGAAGUUCUUUUUGUGAAUAUGACAGGUUCAGUCAAUUUGAUUAACUUACAUCAAGACUAUGUCUAUUCUAAUAAUUUCUCCUUACGAUUCAAAUAAAGUUAUUUUUCAUUUUGUACAAUUCAUUUUUUUCUCAAGUUAAUAUUAUAACACACUUCUAUUUUCUGAUUUGCAAAAAAACGUUGUGCAAAGGCAAAAUGUCAUAAUAAUAAUAAUAAUAAUAAUAAUAAUAAUAAUAAUAAUAAUAAUAGUUUAUUUCUUACAAGGCGCAAAUUAACAUCUGAAUAUGAUCAAAUGCGUCUUACAACUUUAACUGCCUGUAAUAAUUACAAUAAAGUAUACUUAAGAGUACCUAAAAAUUUAUAAUCUAAAAUUUAUCAAUCUAACUAUAACAGGCAAAAGCCUUCCUAAAUAAGUAAGUCUUUAUUGUUCGUUUAAAAACCAAAAGUUAUCGAUGUCUCUGACACUUGCAGGCAGACUGUUCCACAGUGCAGGGGCAGCUAUUUGGAAUGAUCUGUCACCGAGAGUUUUUUUGAUACUUUAGCAAAGGAUGUUUUUAAUGAUGUUAUUAUUGUACUGAUAAUGACGAUUGUGAAAAUGGUGAUGAUGAUUAUGAUGAUGAUAAUGAUGUUAAAUGCAGUAGCAAAGGUGAUCAGCCCAGUCAAAAUGUUUUGCAGUUCUCUAUUAGGCCAGGGAAACUAGAGUAGCAGGUAGUAAAGGCCUAGGUUUUUUGUAUAAUGUUUUUACACUUACAUUAAGUUUUAAGUCAACUGCAAAUAGCUUAUUCCACUGAAAGCCGCAAAAUUGCAAGUGCCAGGUCAUUUUGACAAGGUUGCUGAUGAUCCUCAGGGUUGUCACUAAGAUUUCAAGUUGCCGGGUAAAUACAGCAAGUAGGCGGGGAAUCAAACGGCUAGGGAUCUUUUUUGGUUCUAUUUUUCUUCUAUUUUCCAAUAAAAGUAGCCGGGGGCCACUCUCUUAGUAGCCAGGGAAAAUCCCCGGCCCUGGGCUCUUAAUGACAACCCUGAUCCUAUCGGCAGGAAAGUUUGAAUUUGUGUUUUUUUUCUCUUCUAGUCCCUCACUAAUAUACUAUGUACAUGUGCAUGUAUUUUUGUUUAUUUUAGUGGCCACAGGGAAAGAAGAAGUAGCAUCAGUAAAUGAAACUCCACAGCCAAGUAUUGCUCGAUACCUUGAGGAUGCGUCAUUUGGUUACAGUGAUUUUGCAAGCAGGGAUAGUGCUAUGGAUAUCUCAACAUUCAAAGUUCAGGAUUAUUCCUGGGAAGAACAUGGCUUUUCACUGAUCAACAGACUGUACCCUGAUAUUGGCCAGAUGCUUGAUGACAAAUUUAGCUGCACUGUUAACUUAACCUAUAACACGUAAGGAUAUGAUACUUAUAUGUAAUUAUUAAUACCAUGAGGCACUGAAUUUUUCCAGCUUUCCAGGGCUGUGAUCUAUGGCGACUAGAAAAUAUCAGAUUUUUCAUACAAAUCAUAUGCUGGGCACCCUAGAUUUUACAGUUUCCGAGCACUGGGCUCCCUUCAAUUUUCCUUAGAGCACAGCCUUGGCUUUCCAGCAAAUAGUUUCUCCACAAAUGUUUACUCAUUCAUUCAUGUCAUUCAUCCAUUCAUUUAUCUUGCCAUUAACCUCAUAUACAUACAUGUACGACAACAAUAUACAAGACAUUUAUAAUACAUUAAAGAUAAUAUAUACUAUUCUAACUAAAUUAUUUACAAAAUUAAAUGUUUAAAGUGGUAAUGACAAGUAAGCCUAUAUAGAAGCCGGGGGCUUAUACAUGAUAGGCCUCCUAUCAAUGCUUGGAUGAUCAACUGUCCAACAUUGUAUCACCAUUUAAUGGUGAAACGAUGUCUGGCAUUAUUCAGUUGAGUAGAAUACCCCAUAGUGUUGUCACUAAGAUUUCAAGUUGCCUGGUAUAUGCAAUUAGUUGGCAGGGAAUUUGAAAGGAACAGAGUAUUUCUGGUUCCAUUUUCUUCUUGUUUCCUAUGAAAGUAGCUGGGGUUCAUGCUCUUAGUAACCUGAGGAAAACACCGACUCCAGGCCCUUAGUGACACCCUGCCCUCUUAAGUUUAUCUCAAAAAAAAAAAACAAUUUACCAUCCUUCUUUAUUUAUAUCUCAGUUUUCAACUGUUCAUUCAACAAUAAUAUUUUUAUGAAAUUCUUGAGCCUCUGCUGAUGUGUGUGAUGUUAAUUCCGGACUAAAAGGAAAUGAUUAUCAUCAUCAACAAUAAAUAAAAUUUUUUUUUUAGUAAUUGAAAAUUUAUUAUUAAAGUUAAAAUAUUAAGUUAAUUUAUUAUUAUUUAUAGAUCUCUGUUUUUGUCUUUGGAUUACAUGUAUGUUCCUUUGUCUCUAGGCUUGGUAAAGUAGAAAAUGUGGACACAUCAACUUUCCGCAUGGCAACUUGGAAUUACAUCCAUCUGAUAUUUGGCAUAUAUCAUGAUGACUACUUGUACACAGAGGUAUGAUCAGUUUACAAGUUUAUCGUUUUUGUGUGGUGUCUGUUUGAGGCUCCUGUUAGAGUGUGGAAGGACUGAAUUGCUGCAUGAAGGACACGAACGGUUGGUGCCUGUGCGUCAAAUGCUGAUUGAGACUGACUAAACUUGACCUUGACUUGUGUCACAAGACACAGGCUGUAGCCUGAAGUCCUUCAGCAGUUUCUCUGUCUAAAUCUGGCAAAACAAAGUUUUAAAUUUUUCAAACUAAUGGUUUAGUGCCAAUUUAAUUUCACUAGCCUGACAGUUUUUACUUGUAAGAACAGGUGAGCUUCAUUUCACUGUUCAAAUUUUUUUGCUGUUGUUGUAAAAGUAAGGCAUGUUAAAUAUAAAUCGUGGUUGCCUUGUUUAUUGUUGCUGUUUUUUGUCUAUUUAUAGGUUAACAAACUGUUGGAGAGGUCAUAUAAAAAAUAUAUAAAAGUGGUAUGUUUAAUUUAGGAUUGUAUUUCACAAUCUGGUUUCAUUGUAUUAACACUAAAUGCGUUUCAUUUCAGAGUGUUGCAUUGUAGACUUCCUCUGUAAAUACUAAAAAGAUACGAGACAAAAAUAUCCAUUGUUUUCAUGUAAAGGGCCACAGGAGACAAAAUAAUAUUAAAUGGGCUAAGCUGUACAUUUUCAGGCUUUUACAAACUUACUCUAGAAAAGAAAAGUGGUGGAAACUUUGGGAAAAACGGACAGGAACAUUAAAGGGCUGGAAGUUUGGGUUAACUUGAAAAAAUGUCUGCAUACAUCGUUUUAAGUUUGAAUAUUUGGAUGUCAGUUUGUAUGAAAGGUCUGAUUUUUUAAAAAUUAUCUCAUGUUAUCUCUUUUGCAUGUUGUGUUCGUGACUUUUAUCAGGUUUUAGACUUUUUGUUUUAAUUUGCAACGUGAAGGUUAAGCCCAUAAUUAAUAAGUUAAGACAAACAAAAUUACCUGAGGUACAAUGACUAAGCCUCUUAUGGUGCAAAUUUUUCGUUGACUAUUAUGACGAAAUUCAAUAUUGCAUUGGGUGAAGGCAAACUCUUACAUGUUUCUCUUGCUAGGCAUUUCAUGUAAUAUAUCAAGCAUGAGACGCAGUGUUUCAUCACCAGGUGAAACACUGAGAAGAGAGUUGAAAAUACAGCACGCAGCAGAGUAUUUUUGACAAACUUUGAGGUGUUUCAUCUGGUGAUGGAGCGCUGCGUCACAUGCUUGAUAUUGCAUCUCAAACAAAAUGAUUUUUGAAGUAGAAAUUAAGGAUGCAAAAAUCAGCAGUUUUUCAUCUGAUUUUUAAAUACUCUUUAAAUAUUAAUUUCCUUUGUAUUUUCUUUAUGGAUUACAGUCAACUCUCUCUAAGACGGACACUUUUGGGACCGGCACCAAGUGUCCGUCUUAGACAGGUGUCCGUCUUAUAGAGAGUCAAAUAAAAGGAAUAAAGAAAGGCAGGGACCAAUUCUAAGUGUCCGUUUUACAGAGGUGUCCGUCUUAUAGAGGUGUCCGUUGAGAGAGAGUCGACUGUAUUAAUGAGUUUGGGAAAUAUAUUGCCAGCAAUUUCCAGUUUGUUCAUAAAACUGUAUCUAUCUUUUUCGAUGAACUGAGGUAAUUACUUGGGUGAGGCUUCAGGACACUUGAUUACGAAAGACUUCAAUACACUUUUAACUUUCAGUGUAUAUAUUUGCGUGUUCCACGUUGACUCUGUAUUUCUGUUGUCUUAAGGUGGCUUGUUAUCCCGAGAGAGUAUCAUUAGAUGAUUACAUGGGAUUUAUGCCUGAUCUAACCCAUUCAGAAAAGGUACAUGUUCAGUUUUGUCCGAAGGUUAUUGUAUAUUUAUUCUUUUUUUCCUUAUUAUCGUACAAUACCUUAUUAUAAGCCUGGUAGUUUCUUGGUUUCGUUGCGUAACAACAUACUCUAUUCUGUAAAAUUCAUUUUAAUAUCAAGGCUAAUAAAUGAUGAUGUUGAUGACAAUGGUGAUAAUGAUGAUGAUAUUCCAAAACAAAGGAAAAUAUAAUCUUAAUCAAUGAUACAGUUGAACCACAACAUAUAUUUUGUUUGUUAUUCAUUUUUAUUGUAUUUGCUAUCUUAUUUGACUUUAAUUAGUAUUACUUGAAUCCAAAAGUGGUUUGUUUUCUAAGAUAAAGUUAUGAAGUUCUUUUUCUCAGUGGGAUAAAUUUUAGUUUACAUAAGAAAAGAAAAACGUUUUAAAAUCAGUUGAUUGUUAUGCCUCGGUCCGUGAACUUUGCUAAAGUUAGCUCUCACAAAGGAGUGACGUUGAUAGAAUUUUAAGUCAAAGAUAACGACGCAAGUUUGUCCAAAGCCGGGAAAUUUAGGAGCUUUGCAGCUAAGGAAAAGACCUUGGCAUAUUUCAAGCGUGUCCCAAUUUUGUAUUUGAACACUGCACGUUAAAGGUGAUUUUUUUGAAAAAAAAAAAGCAGCAACUUUACUCUUAUUUAUAGCUAUUAAAAAUACUGUUGAAUAUGUGCAUUUGGAUUGUAGGAUUCCGUACACAGCAGACUCGAAAGUUUGAACCACCAUAUACAGCACAUUUAACAGAACCAUAGGAAAGAGCUCAGUAGUUCUGUACACUUCAGUAUUUUAUCCAUAGGCACUUAAGUUCGGACUAAAGUACGUCUUUCUCGGACUGGAAGGGAAUUCUCUGGAUCCGGCAUUUGAACGAAAUACAGUGCAGGAUUCGGGAAAAUGUUGGGUUACGGGAUUUGAUCCCUACGCGGGAAACGUGAUUCGCCUAAAUUUUGGUACGGGAUGCGGUGUUGGGGUAGAAAAUGGUAUCCGGGAUCGAGAAUGACAGAAGUUCGAGAAGUAGGAUUGCGGCGUUAGGACCCUCCUUCCACAUCCCGUUCUUUGAAACGUCUUAAAAACGUUAUUCAUGUGAAUUCAAUGAAGUGUCUUACCAUUUAUCAUGUACCUAUUUUUCAGGUUCAUAUCAAUCUCCUGCUGUUUGAGUCCCGUCUCCAAGCUGAACUUCUGUAUGCGUUAAGGGCAAUCAUGAAGUAUAUGACUUGAUAGUUACUUAGUAUUAAUUUAUGACCAGAUAAAUUAACUUUAACCAAAGAGUAAUCCCUAAAUAUAUUUAUUGUAAGUAAAGCUUGGAGGUUUAUUUCACCCUUUUCCUUGUGUGAGGACAAAUGCUUCAGUGCCCCCGCGAGACACAGAGGCCAACUGUUCCUUGGGGUGCGUCUUGUUUGGAAAAUCCAAACGCAUUCUUGAAUUUUAAAAAGAAACGGAUUUUGGGUUUCUUUUUAAGGAUCCUAAAAUAGAUUUUGAAUGUAAGGAAUACACAUUCCGAAUAGAUUCGCCAGAUCAAGUCUUGAUUUUGAGGAUUCUUGAUGAUUAUGAAUCGUGCAAUGGUCUGUGCUCUUACGGACCUCAGAAAUGACAUCCAGAUGUUCAAAUUUCAAGAGAACCUCGAACCUUCGGAGAUAAAACAAAUAAAAUCGAUCGUUCCAUCCAUAACGGUUCUCAGUAGGUUUUCGGGAUCCGGGAUUUGCUUUAUUUGAACUCAGAUUCGGGACUUUAAAGCAAAAUGCGGGCGAGCGUUGGGAUGCGGAAUACCGUAAAUAACCGUCGGGAUUACGGGGUUCGAAGCGAUAAUUUCGGUCGGGAUGAAGGGAUUGAAGAACCCUAGUGAGGCCCUCAUGAGUCCGGUUCAAAAAAUCGCCGAAAUAUUCCAUAAAGAUGAGCCGCGUAGUGAAAUAAAAUUAUUUCGAGUUAACGCUGGCUUUAUUCGCUCUUUUCUUAGCAAAGAAACGCUUCGGAUCAGGUACCCAACACGGGUUUAUUUAAGAUCCAAAGGAACAACCGUCGGCAGGGAUCAUUUGGAUCAAUGAUAUGGUUUUGGAUUUUGGUAAAGAAAAGAAAUAUCCGUUUUCAGAUUACUGUAAAAAAAAACUAAUUCGGAGUUGGAUUUUACUCAAAAACGCACCCCUAAGUUUUCAAUGGGAUGAUCCGCCAUCUUAUAAGCGCGUACUGAUUUCUCUUACUUAAAAUAACAAAAACCGUUUUUCACGGCUUUCGAGCUGGAUCAGUUUAAGUUUCCGGGAAACUGUCCACCUUCCCCUCCCUUAAGCCAACAUUAACACUUAGCUCUUACUUAGGGCAAAAUGUUGGCGUAGGGGAGGGGUAGGUGGGCAGUUUCCCAGAAACCAAAACUGCGAGCUUUAAUCUGACCGAGACAAAUGGUGAAAAAUUGUCCACAGAGAGUCGAAAGCUAGAUCAACCUUUUUCUUAAGCAAUAUGGUGAACUUUCCAUUGGUUUGCUGGUGUAUUCAUGGAGACAACUGCAGAGGUGUAGUUUUAUAAGUCACGAAUCCAAAACGAGUGACUUCUCGGCUUCUCGCCGAAGGCGAGCGACUUGGUUUACAGGCUAUUCAAGUGUCCUCUCAACAUCUCGGGUAUGCUUCUCACACUCGUAAACCAAUCGAAAGUUUGUUCAGUUGCUUCCGUUAAAAGAUUUUACAUGAUGGCA